CAGUACAGGUGAGUGUCGCGCUCGCACGACAUCGUCGUGGGGUCCGUCCGCGAGAGCGCGUCCGGUGGAUUGAAUUAUUGUCGCUUGUAAAAUCUUUCAGGCAUGGCACAGUUGACGAGCAUAAGCCGAAGCGAGAGAGGCAGAGGGCACCAUAAAGACUGGAUCUUGCCGUCAAUCGGAGCAAUGGAGUCCAGCACGCUGCCGUUCGCAGAUAACAGCGAUACCUCGCAACGCUCGCCGAAACGACACAGUCCCUCGAUGUACGAGCGGGUGAAGUCUAAAGUUAGCCGUUCGCUGUCGAACGGUUCGGUUGUUGAGAAAUUAUCGGAGCACAUGGUACAACGACCUACGAGCCUGGUGGUGCCGGAGGCGCGGCAGGACGACGGCUUGUGGAGCUGCGACAACUGCACGCUGGACAAUGCGCCCGGGCUGGAGCAGUGCGAGGCGUGCGACGCCCCUAGGAGCCCCGCGCCCUGCAGCGGGGUGGUUAUCAGUGUGCCGGCUUGGGUGCCGCGCGCGUUAUCGUCCGCCGGGCCCCUGUCCUACAGGAGAUCCUUCUCGGACGCCGACUCGGUCGCGAGCGUGACGCAGAAGAAGAGCGUUAACCGCAGGAGCUUGAACGACGAGGAACCGCCCGCGGUGCCGCCGCACUCCAUCGGCUUCAACUCGAGACCAAAGUAUUCCUACAUCGGGAUCACGGAUCCCGACAUACCGCCGCCGUUGCCAAAGAAACAGAGCAGUAAGUUGGUGCCGACGAAGGCGCACAGCGAGGCGACCAGCCCGGUGGGCGAGGUGUCGAAUGUCAGCCCGCUGAAGCGCAUGUGGACCUGCAGAAAGUGUUCCUACGCGUACAAUCCGCUGUGGUCCAGCGGCUGUGACAUCUGCGGCUCGUCCAGAUCACCCCCGUCGCUCACGCAGCCGAGCUUGAUAACCGUCACCAAGGACACGAGCGGCUAUCCGACGCAUCCACAGUCACCGAUCGUGGUGUCGAGGGACAGCGUCAGGUACAUACCACCGAAAGCGGCCACCCUGGCCACGGCGGAGUCCGACCUGGACGAUCAGAUAGACCCGCCGUCACCGGUGUGGACGUGCAAGAAGUGCACUCUACUGAACGCCGCCUCGAGAACGACGUGCGAGGCUUGCUGCGGCUCCAAGCUCAAGAGUAUCAUGCAUCUCGAGGAUGCCACUCUGCGAAAGGGCGAGAGCUGGGUGUGCCCGUCGUGCACGCUGAGGAAUCCGCUCUCCGCGCAGAACUGCAACGCCUGCAAGACGCUAGCGGACUUCCUGGAGGUCCCGAAAGACAAUAGGGCCCUUGGCCAACGGAGUCCGAGCCCGAGGCUCUGUUCAACCCCGACAAAUUCCAAAGCGGUUACUCCGAGGCAUAGAAAUUCCGUGAGAAGAAACGGCUCGUCGGCAGUUGACAAAAGGCACUCGAGGACCAGAGAUCCCUCACACACGCAAUGGCAAUGUAAAGUGUGCACGUAUGAGAACAAGAGUACAACUGUUAUCUGCGAAAUGUGCCAAAGCUCCAAGUCGCUGUUUCAAGUAUCUGGAGACAGGGGGAUACCUAGGCUUGUCGAGUCGGGCACUAGUACUCUUAGAAUACAGCGGCAGGAGAGCGUGGUGAUGGAGAAUCUUAGGCAGCUGGAGGAGAGAGACGCGCUGGAGAAAUGGGAGCGCAUUGUACGAUAUUGCAAGGAGACAAACGAGCCGUUCGUCGACGAUUCGUUCCCGCCUGCUCCGAAAUCCUUGUAUUAUAAUCCCGCGGAUACGAAAGAUAAUCAUGUCGUCCAGUGGAGAAGGCCACACCAAAUUAACGUGGACUCAAGUGUCGAUUCUAAACUGCCUUGGGCUGUCUUUAGGACACCCCUACCUUCUGAUAUCUCGCAAGGUGUCUUAGGAAAUUGUUGGUUACUGUCGGCCCUGGCCGUUCUGGCCGAGAGUGACGAGCUCGUGAGAAGAGUUCUGGUCAUGAAGGAGACAUGUCCCGAGGGUGCUUACCAAGUUAGACUGUGCAAAGAUGGUAAAUGGACGACGGUGCUCGUUGAUGAUCUAUUACCCUGUGAUAAGAGAGGCCACUUAGUAUACUCUCAGGCAAAGAGAAAACAGCUUUGGGUGCCGCUGAUCGAAAAAGCAGUUGCUAAAAUACAUGGCUGUUACGAGGCCUUAGUGUCUGGCCGUGCUAUAGAAGGUCUAGCGACAUUGACCGGUGCCCCGUGUGAGAGCGUGCCUUUACAACCUUCAGCAUUGCCAAGCGAAGACGAACUCGAUAGGGACCUAAUAUGGGCACAACUCUUGUCCUCGAGGCAGGCUAUGUUUUUAAUGGGUGCUAGCUGCGGUGGUGGUAACAUGAAGGUUGACGAGGAGGAAUAUCAGCGCAAAGGUUUAAGGCCAAGGCAUGCAUAUUCUGUCCUCGAUGUCCGCGAUGUACAGGGGAUACGGUUAUUACGACUACGCAAUCCUUGGGGUCAUUAUAGUUGGAAAGGGGAUUGGUCGGACGACAGCCCUAUAUGGACGCCACAAUUACGAGAGAUGCUUAUGCCGCACGGUGCUUCAGAUGGUGUCUUUUGGAUAUCCUUUGACGACGUUCUCAAGUACUUCGAUUGCAUUGACAUCUGCAAGACGAGAGUCGGAUGGAGCGAAGUGAGAUUGCGCGGCACUCUCCCUCCAUUGUCGUCCCUCAGACAUUUGUCGUGCGUCCUUUUGACCGUAUUAGAACCCACCGAAACGGAAUUCACGCUAUUCCAAGAGGGCCAAAGAAAUUCUGAGAAAUCGCAACGUUCUCAACUGGACCUGUGCGUGGUAGUUUUUCGCACGAGAUCCCCAGCCGCUCCAGAAGUCGGUAGAUUAGUGGAACAUAGUAAGCGGCAGGUACGCGGUUUCGUCGGCUGUCACAAGAUGUUGGAGAGGGAUCUGUAUAUCGUCGUAUGCCUGGCCUUUAAUCAUUGGCACACCGGAAUGGAAGAUACUUCUAGUUAUCCAGAAUACGUUCUUGCUAUUCACAGCUCAAAAAGACUUCUCGUCGAGCAAAUAUCACCACCUGCUUUUGUCUUGGCCGACGCCAUCAUUAGCCUAACAUUGGCUAAAGGACAACGGCACGAAGGCAGAGAAGGCAUGACUGCUUAUUAUUUAACUAAAGGAUGGGCCGGUUUAGUGGUAAUGGUUGAAAAUCGUCACGUAAACAAGUGGAUUCACGUAAAAUGCGACUGCCACGAAAGCUAUAACGUCGUGUCCACGAGAGGACAACUCAGAACUGCCGAUAGUGUUCCUCCCCUUCACAGACAAGUCAUCAUAGUUCUCACGCAAUUGGAAGGUAGCGGAGGUUUCUCAAUAGCACAUCGACUUACGCACAGAUUAGCUAACAGUGGAAAUUUGCACGAUUGGGGACCGCCUGACACACAACAUUGUCCUCAAAUUGAUAUUCAGGUAGAAGGUUUGCACAGUCCUCGCUUAAUAACGUGAAGAAAGGAGCCGUUACUCGAGGAAAGGAUUGCCGACUGUAAUCAGUAACGAUUUUCGUACGUCGAGAAAUUGACUGGAAAGAAACCAAAGCAAGCUAGAAACAUUUCAGCGUACUAUAAGACGUUCCGAAGGACAUUUAGAAUAUUCUUUGUGCUUUCUAGCCGAUGAUACUCCACGGAUACUCUUAGCGUUACAACAUGCUCAGCAUUGGACGUAAUACAAUAAGUAACAGUUAACGUACAAUGGUUCUGGACCCAGUGAAAAAAAAUUCUUUCAAGUAAAUAGUGAGCCAUGCACUUCGCGCGCGCUAAUGGGAGAAAGGAUGAACCUAAAGUAUAAAAAAAUAUUUAAAUAAAACUCACGUGCAAAUUAAGUGUUUCUGCUGGAACCAUUGAGCCCCAUAAAGAAGACUUAUGGAAAAUUGAAUAUUUAUGAAGAAACGAGUUGAACAUUUUGCUUGUUAUAUAAACGAAAAAAAAA